CUCCACCUCCUCCACCUCCUCCUCCACCGAGCAAACUCAAGAAGUUACCAGAUCCUGCCGGCAACUCCUCUGGACCGAGGAGAACCGCGUGUGUGUGUGAGUGUGUGUGUGUGAGGCAGCAGAGUAAUGUCAGUGUUAGCACACAGCACAGAGCACGUCCGGAGCCGGUAGUCGUUUGGAGCAGAACACCGGUGUUGUGAAGAAAAACGCGUCCGUCCGUGAACUCAGCACCAACGGCCGAUAAAAGUUAAAAAGCAGAAGAAGAAGAAGAAAAAAUGCCUCCGAAGCAGAAGUCCAAGUCCUGGGAGGAGCUGAAACAAGCCGGGAACAAUUGUUUCAAGACGGGCCAGUACGGAGACGCCACCAACCUUUACAGCCAGGCCAUCAAUGCGCUGGAGAAGUCCAGUAAAAAGAACCCGGAGGAUUUGGGCAUUUUGCAUUCGAACCGCGCAGCAGCUUACCUGAAAGACGGCAACUGUGCAGAGUGUGUGAAAGACUGCAACACGUCUCUCGAGUUGUUCCCGUUCAACAUCAAGUCUCUGCUGCGUCGUGCCGCCGCCUACGAAGCUCUGGAGCGCUACAGGAACGCUUACAUCGACUACAAGACGGCUCUGCAGAUCGACUGCAACAUCGCGGCCGCUCACGACGGCACCAACAGGAUGACGAAGGCGCUCACAGAAGCAGACGGUCUUUCGUGGAGAGAAAAGCUUCCUCCCAUCCCCACCGUCCCUCUGUCUGUCCGAGAAAAACUAACCCAGAAAACUACAGCAAGCGCCGCCCCGCAGCCGAACCCAGCACCACAGCCGAACCCAGCACCCCAACAGAACCCAGCACCGCAACAGAACGGCACCAAACAACCAACCAAACCUGCUCCCAGCGACAAAGACAAGAAGAAAGCCCAAACCCUGAAAGAAGAAGGCAACUCCCUCGUGAAGAAAGGCGAGCACAAGAAGGCCAUAGAGAAGUACAGCCAGAGCCUCAAACUCAACCCGACCGAGAUCACGACUUACACCAACCGGGCGCUGUGUUACCUGUCGGUGAAGCAGUACAAAGACGCCGUCAGAGACUGUGACGAGGCUCUGAUGAUUGACAGCAGCAACAUCAAGGCCCUCUACAGGAGAGCUCAGGCUCACAAGGAGCUCAAGGACAUCAAGGCGUGCGUGGACGACCUGAACAACCUGCUCAAAGUGGAACCAAAGAACUCGGCCGCCCUGAAGCUGCUGCAGGACGUGCAGAAGAAGAAGUGAUGACACAUCAGGGACUCUGGAGACGGCGGUAAGGAUCUGUCACUGCGCUGCGUUACAGAAAGAAGAAGAGGACGAAGAAUCCCUGACGUCUUCACGAGCAGCGACACGAUUCGACCGUUUCAAAGUCAGAGGACGCGAGCGCGCGUUUCCCAAAAGCUUCCCCUCGUACCGAACACGUGUUUUGAUCCCUUCGACUGUCGCUGGAACAAACGCGAGCUCGGCCACGAGACGCUUCUGGGAAACGCAGCUGAGAACUGAAGAAGAAAGAAUGUUUGUAUCUCACCAGUUUUAAGUCACUGAGUAUUUAUGGUUAUUUAAAAGAGCUGAAGUUUAUUGACACAUCAGAAUUCUAACCGAGAAUAAGCUUUUGCCAUCGCCGUGUGACGUGACGUUUAGAAGGCGGAGCUCCUGCUCGACAACUAAACUUAAGUUCACUGUUGACCUUGAAUUGUUGAUACCUUGUUCGAUAACACGAUAAAAAGAAAUCAGACAGACACAGCAGCAUUUUAAUAUUCUGUCAAAAAACAACCAACCGUCUUUAACUCUCUCUCUGUCUCACUGUGAUCGUUGGUCGACUGCACGGGAGGCGGAGGAAGAGCGAGCUGGAGUUUAUUCACGACUUAAUCAGUCGUGGAUGGCGGCGUUCUGAUUGUAGAUCUGUUUUUUUAAUAACUUCAGUACUUUGGAUAGUCAACGUUUAAUUAACGGAGAUUGUAUUGUUUGAAACCUGAGCAACUCGAGGUCCGCUUACUGCCAUCAACUGACGCACGCUUCAAAACCAUCGACGUACAUCAUGUAUGUCAUUUAAUAUCUAUUAAUGUGCAUUAUAAUGUGAGAUUUAUUUGUAAAUUCACUUGAGUAUUUAGCAUAUCUACCACAGGUAAUAUUGACAUCAUCUCACAGAAAAGUACUUGUUGCAAUACUUCCCAUUAUUAUGUAUUAUUCUAUAGAACGUCAGAGUAGAACGCCCAUCACUAAAUACCCGAAACUCGGUGAUCCAGUUUUCUGGAGGUUACCGAGCGAUUUAAUCGCUGCGGUUCGACCCACCGCCACAUCGAAGCCGGCUUCACGUCACCGGUGAUUGUAAAAGGUUUAUUCUGUGUUUGAAUUACAAGAAAUCAGCCUUUUUUCUUUCACACCAUGUUCUACUCUCAGGUAGUUUAUUUAUCCUAUAUUUGGUUUUCUGAGGCUUUGAGUGAACGUUUGUCAGAGGAUCGAUGUUUCUGGUGUUUACGUCAUAUCGAGACGGAUUGAAGAGAUCAUAAAACUCAAGGUCUUGUAUCUCUGAACCCUCUUUAGUCAAACUGGUCGUCAUAACUCUGAUAUGACGUGAACGUAGCAUCGGUCUUUAUCCUGUUUGUCAGUUUAUAUUGGUAAGGUUUGGUCCGAUACAACCCGUGUCCUGCCUCGUGUCAGGAUGUCUGAAUGUCUCGUCACUCUGACAGUUUACUGAUCAGUUUGUUUCCUUUCCAUUUGAAGGUUUAUGAACCAAGUGAAACUGUCCUCAGACGGGUCAUCAUCAAGUACUGUCUCUUAUUUUUUUUCCUAAUAUCCUUGUUCUGUUGUGAAAUUCUACUGUAGCUCGGCCGUCUCCAUCUUUGCCCAAAGUGCCUGUUUAUCAUCCUCCGUCUGCUACUUUGGAUUAGUUUAACACCUCGAGCUCUGCUCUCUCUCUCGUCUGUAAGUUACAGCUACACUUAGGAUUACUGCCCGACCCCGCCUGCAAACUAAGAUCCUUUUUUUUUUUGUUUGUUUGUUUCAUCACAUCUGAUUUUUGUCGACCUGCUUGUGUUUUAACUGCAAAUAAACGUAAUAAACAAUGA